AUGAUGGCUACUUAUUACUCGAGCCAGGGCAGUGAAAGGGACUCACAGAACAUGUAUUCUAGAGACCCCGGCAAUGCAUCCUAUCCGAUGCCAUCGGCUCUAGGGAACUUGCUUUAUCUGAACAAUCCUGCUUCUGGACCAUACACAGAGUUCAGUGGCAUUCUACAGUCCCAGCAGAAUUGCAUAGAGAUGCCUGAACCUGGCCAUCCUUCAGUGAUGUCCCAAGACUCAUCUGCAAGGGAGUUCGACAUGCUUGGUUCCCACCAGGGGCAGCGCUCUUUCGGCCUAGUCAAAGAUAUGAAGAACGAGAUGUUGAUGCAUAUGAUGGAUGGAUCACAGAGCAGUACAGCUGAUCUCAUCCAUGAUGAUGCCCAAAAUGGUAUACAGCUUGAUUUUGGUGUUCUGAACAACCACGGCUCGUCGAACAUUCCCUCGGUGCAAGGCCAAGGUUUAUCUCUCAGCCUCAACACACAAAUCCUGGCACCUUCCUUGCCAUACUGGUCUGUCAAACCAGAUAUGUUGUCGCCACACUCUUACCAUGAUAGUCUUCGAGUCGAUGACAUCCGAAUGAAGAGUAUGCAGUCCGAGUCCUCACGGGCAAUCCGGAACUCAAGGUAUCUGAAAGCAGCUCAAGAGCUGCUUGAUGAAGUUGUGAACGUUUGGAAGAACAUCAAGCAGAAAGCCCAGAAAGAACAGGUAGAAGCAGGAAAGACGGAUGGCAAAGAGACCGAGGGAGGGCCGAAAAGUGAGGGUGUGUCCUCUAAUCCGCAGGAAUCUGGUGCCAAUGCAGCACCGGAGCUUUCUACUGCUGAGAAGCAAGAGCUUCAGAACAAGAUGGCAAAGCUGAUGGCAAUGUUGGAUGAGGUGGACCAGAAAUACAAGCACUACUACCACCAAAUGCAAAGUGUGGUUUCGUCUUUUGAUAUGGUAGCUGGGCCUGGAGCUGCCAAGCCUUACACUGCAGUUGCUCUCCAAACAAUCUCACGACACUUCCGGUGCCUCAAGGAUGCUAUCAAUGAUGAGAUUAAUGUCAUCAGGAAGAAGCUCGGGGAGGAAGAAAAUUCAUCUGGCAAGGAGGGAAAACUAACUCGUCUCCGGUACAUCGAUCAACAGCUUAGGCAACAACGAGCUUUCCAACAGUAUGGCAUGAUCCCACAAAAUGCUUGGAGGCCACAGAGAGGGCUUCCUGAAAACUCUGUUACCAUUCUUCGUGCUUGGCUCUUUGAGCAUUUCCUUCACCCGUACCCUAAAGAUUCUGAAAAAUUGAUGCUAGCAAGGCAAACAGGCUUGACAAGGAGUCAGAUUUCAAACUGGUUCAUCAAUGCCCGUGUCCGCCUCUGGAAACCGAUGAUCGAGGACAUGUACAAAGAAGAGAUUGGAGAUAUCGAGCAAGACUCCAAUUCUUCCUCCGACAACGCGUCAAGAAGCAAGGGCAAGAUGGCAUCUUCUGAAGACAAGGAGGACCUGAGAAGUUCUACGCCUCGGGUCUGCGAGAGCAGCCAGCUGAGCGAGUCAAGAGCCAGCAUGAGGACCAUGAACGUCGGCGGUGGAGCAUCCAUGGGAUUCCAGAACGAGCCGAACCCUGACGACAGCUUCAUGAACCUGAUGCUGAAGGACCAACGAUCAAACGAAGAAGAUGGCGGCCUCCUCCUCCACAAUGCUGUGGCGCAGCACCAAGAUGAGAACGCCCGGUUCAUGGCGUACCACCUGGCGGAACUUGGGAGGUACGGGAACGGCAAUGUAUCGCUCACCCUGGGGCUGCAGCACUCCAGCAGCAGCCUCUCGGUUCCGAACGCCCAGCAGAGCUUCCCCGGUGUCGGUGUCGGUGUCGGUGUCGGAGACGAUGACAUCUACAAUGCCACCGCUCCUCUCGGUGUCAGCGUGGCGUCUUCGGACUACGAGUCGAUGAACCAGAUGGAUCAACGGCAGCGGUUCGCGCAGUCACCCCUUCUGCAUGAUUUUGUGGCCUGA